GUCCUUACCCGGCGCCGCCAGCCCCGCUUCAGUCCCCAGCCUGCGGCUCGGCACCCUUCGCCCGUGUCCAUCACUCCGUGCGGAAACGCCGCCGGCAUGUCGGACAAGCUGCCUUACAAAGUCGCUGACAUCGGCCUGGCCGCCUGGGGGCGCAAGGCCCUGGACCUCGCAGAGAAUGAGAUGCCGGGCCUGAUGCGCAUGCGGGAGAUGUACUCGGCUUCCAAACCACUGAAGGGCGCCCGCAUUGCCGGCUGCCUGCACAUGACCGUGGAGACAGCUGUCCUCAUUGAGACCCUCGUUGCCCUGGGUGCUGAGGUGCGGUGGUCCAGCUGCAAUAUCUUCUCCACCCAGGACCAUGCAGCAGCUGCCAUUGCCAAGGCUGGCAUUCCAGUGUAUGCCUGGAAGGGUGAAACGGACGAGGAAUAUCUGUGGUGCAUUGAGCAGACGCUGUACUUCAAGGACGGGCCCCUCAACAUGAUUCUGGACGAUGGUGGUGACCUCACCAACCUCAUCCACACCAAGUACCCACAGCUCCUGUUGGGCAUCCGAGGCAUCUCCGAAGAGACCACAACGGGGGUCCACAACCUGUACAAGAUGAUGGCCAGCGGGAUCCUGAAGGUGCCUGCCAUCAACGUCAACGACUCUGUCACCAAGAGCAAGUUUGACAACCUCUAUGGCUGCCGGGAGUCCCUCAUAGAUGGCAUCAAGCGGGCCACGGACGUGAUGAUUGCGGGCAAGGUGGCGGUGGUAGCGGGCUAUGGCGACGUGGGCAAGGGCUGUGCCCAGGCCCUGAGGGGCUUCGGGGCCCGCGUCAUCAUCACGGAGAUCGACCCCAUCAAUGCGCUUCAGGCUGCCAUGGAGGGCUAUGAGGUGACCAUCAUGGAUGAGGCCUGUCAGGAGGGCAACAUCUUUGUCACCACCACGGGCUGUAUUGACAUCAUCCUCGGCCGGCACUUUGAACAGAUGAAAGAUGACGCCAUUGUGUGUAACAUCGGACACUUUGACGUGGAGAUUGACGUCAAAUGGCUGAACGAGAACGCUGUGGAGAAGGUGAACAUCAAGCCCCAGGUGGACCGCUACUUGUUGAAGAACGGGCGCCGCAUCAUCAUUCUGGCCGAGGGCCGGCUGGUCAACCUGGGCUGCGCCAUGGGCCACCCUAGCUUCGUGAUGAGCAACUCCUUCACCAACCAGGUGCUGGCGCAGAUUGAGCUGUGGACCCACCCAGACAAGUAUCCCGUCGGGGUCCACUUCCUGCCCAAGAAGGUGGGUUCCUACCUCCACCCCUGGCCAAGGGUCAUGUGUCCAGCCCUGGGCUCUCCAUGCAGGCCUUGCCAGAGUUCAUACAGUACUCGCCUCUCUACUCUCUUGAAGAUCUUCACAGGGUCCUCCGCAGGGCAAAAAUCAUUCUCUCCAUUUAGCAGAGGAGGAAAUUGGGGCCCAAAGCAGGGAAUAACUCCCAGAGUGGCAGGGCCUGGUGGUGAGAAGAGCAUGGGCUUUGGAGUGAGACACACCCAGGUUUGA